CGCCCGCGCGUCCCUCCCUUUGCGCGAAACAUAUCCACCCCACAUCUCCAGCGUGGCCGGCGCUGCCCUCCUGCGUGCUCCUUCUUUCUCGCGCCCUCCGGAGAAUCUGCUGCGCCGCUCCCCAGUGCCCCUUCUCCGUCCGCCGCUGACCCUCAAAGAGUCCGUGCCGCUAAUUCUCAAGCACCAAGCUCCGCUGCCCUGCUCCUGACUACGGCCCUUAUCACAACUUUGUCUCGCGCAAUCUGGCUUUAGCCCGCAGCUCCACAGCAACCUUCGCAACACCCGCACUGCAAGCUGCACGCCCAUCCACACGCAGCCAUGCUCGUCAACAAGAAGCUCGACCGCUUCAAGCAAUGGGCGGGAGAGAAGAUGGGCGGCGAGGUCAGGACAGGCGUCUCCGACGACUUCAAGGCCCUCGAGACUGAGAUGAACCUCCGCCACGAGGGUAUGGACCGCAUGCAGAAGUCCAUGACCGUCUACGUCAAGUCGCUCUCGGAGCGCGCCCAGGGCACCGACCGCGAGAAGAUGCUGCCGGGUGGCCACCUCGGCUCUUCCAUGGUCUCCCACAGCGAGGACUUCGAACCCGACUCUGAGUUUGGCAACUGCCUUUCCUCGCUUGGACGAGCAAACGAGCGCCUGGCGCGCGUGCAAGAGACGUACGUUCAGAGCGCCACCUCCUCGUGGCUGGAGGGCUUGGAUCGCUCCUUGGCCCAGAUGAAGGAAUACCAGAAUGCUCGUAAGAAGCUCGAACAGCGCCGCCUCAACUAUGACACGUCGCUCGCAAAGAUGCAAAAGGCAAAGAAGGAGGACUUCAGGGUCGAGGAGGAGCUCCGCGCACAAAAGGCCAAAUACGAAGAGUCGAGCGAGGACGUCUUCAGACGGAUGCAGGACAUCAAGGAGUCCGAGGUCGAGAUGGUCCAGGAUCUCACUGCAUUCCUCGAGGCCGAGCUGUCGUACUACGACCGUUGCCGCGAGAUCCUCAUCAACGUCAAGCGCGAGUGGCCCGUUCAGGACACCUUGAACCGCUCGCGCUCGCGCUCACACUCGACCGCGCACGGCUACGCUGAGCGCUUCAACCCCCGCGAGGAAGAGCCAGAACCAGAAGCACCGCGUAUUACUAUUCCCAAGCUCUCCUCCCGCAAUCUGUCGCCGCACGGUAACCCCUCGCCCGUCAGCCGCCCCACCUACAGCCGCCAGUCGACCUUUGAUAGCCCGACCCGCUCCACCCGCGACGACUCACCCGCCCGGAACCGACUCUCCCGCGUUCCGACCGAACCGACCGCAAUGCUGGCCGGACGCAGCAACUUGCGUCCCGUUCGACAGACCAACACCUUUGCAGACGAGUACGAGGAUGAUUACGAGAGGUCCAACGGACAGCAGACGUACAGACGAGACAGGUCGCCGCCUAGUCCUGGGACUAGCAGCCACAGCAGUGUCAUGUCUCGCGCCGCAUCCUGGUCCCAGAACGAUUUGCCCCUCAGCAAGAAAGCUCCGCCGCCACCGCCCCCGUCCAGGGCUAAGAAGCCGCCACCACCUCCGCCUCCCAUGAAGCGAAGUGCGUUGAGCUCCUCUGAGGUUUCGCAUUAUUAGCGUCAUAUCACUAGAGCUUUGUUGCCUUGCUUUGCUGACAUCGUGCGCUACAGAGCCCACGAGAAUCGUCACGCUUUGAUCUCUUUGGGUACGCAUAAACGGCGUUCGGGUCGAUGUUGUAUUUUCGGCAUGUUGACAUUUGGCUGUUUUGUUUGGGAUGGUGAAAUCGCGCGUCAGCGACUGCAGCGUAGUGUGGGAAACAUGGCAGGCACGGCGUUGGCGCGGAGGCAUAACUCAAAGUUGUACACGGCGUUUUUGGGUUUGGAAAGGUAGCGUUGUUGGACCAUUCGAGGCAUGCGACACAUCAAGUUGCUUUUAUCUGCAAUUAAGAAGCUAUCUCCUUUGUUGAACAUC